AUGAAGUCGCUAGUCCUGUGUUGCGCCCUUCUGGGUCUAGCUAUAGCCCAGCCAGCCAAGAACGAAUUCUGGAGGGGAACCAGCAUGGACGCCAUGGUGGACCAGACGAAGGUGGAUUGCACCCAGAAGAACGACGAGAUAUCCUGCAUGAAGUUCAAGGUCCUCAACCUGCUGGACCAGAUCUUCCGCAAGGACAACUUCAAGGUCUCGGAGACGGUGGAGAUCACCAGGAACUCGUACCCCGCUGAGGAGUCAUCGGGUCGUGGCGAAGUCUCCUUCUUGGAGAACAUCCGCUCGUACUUGACGACCCACGACGUCACCUUCAAGCUGCCCUUCUCCUCCUCGGUGAAGGUGAGCUCGCGCAACCUCGAGGACGACGAGCUGAACUUCGACGUGAAGUUCGGAGAGGGUCGCGCCGUGGAGGAGGCCCGGAAGUCGAAGCUGAAGAAGGUCAUCAUCCCCAUCCUGGUCUUCGUGCUGCUGAAGGCCAUGACUCUGAUCCCAUUGGCAAUUGGCGUGCUCGGUUUGAAGGCCUGGAACGCCCUUCAGCUCUCCUUCUUCAGCUUCGUCGUCUCCGUGGGUCUGGCGAUUUUCCAGCUCUGCAAGAAGAUCGCUGCCGACAGCCAUGCUGCUCCUCUUGCUGCCCAUGGUCCAUGGGAGUACCAGGCUGCCCAAUAUAGGUCCUUGAACGACCAGCAAUCUGCCGAAUCCGCUCAGGAUCUGGCCUACUCUGCCUACGUCCAACCUUGA